AUGGCCUCACCGAUGAGAUGUCUCCGGACAAUUAGCAAGACAUCCAGUCUCCUCCAAUACCCAUCCAGACAGCUCAUCAUCCCUGCCCGUAAACCAACCGAAGACUCCAAUCUAGACAGACAGUCGCUGCACCCCGAGCGCGCGGAGACCGCUCUAUCCGGCACAGACAACGAAGUAGGAGACCACCAAUCCUCCUACGACCCAUCCAUAACCACCCCAGAAGGCGAAUUCAAGCUGCUGGAAGAUGAAUGCCGCCUGGACGGGAGUAUAGAUCCGCUGUUCGUCAGUCCGGCGAACAGGGAGUAUAGUCGGCUCAGUCCGAUGAUGGAGAUGAUUCACUACGUGGAGAAACGCGAUCCGAGUGCGAAGGGGUGGACGAGGAAGCAUAAGGAGGUUCGGAUAAGGGGCUUGGGGGAUAGUGAGUUUGAUCCGUAUGUGAGGCUUUUACGUGGGUUGAGGGAGAUUCAGAAAAGAUCGAAUGGGAAGAGUAGUUCUAGUCCGGCUCCGUUUUGA